UACCAUCUCUAAAUGACACCACCGAAAAACUCCCGGCCAAGUCCCCCGCCCAUAAAUUGCAAGCAUUCCCUGUCCUGUACAUAACCUCGGAGAGACAUUUUGUCGUUUUUUUCCAACGAGUACAGUUGGUGGAUUUCGGGCAGUCUGUUAAAUGGAUGGAGGCCAGCUAAAAUUUGAAAAAAAAGUUCAACGCAACCGAUUUCUUUCACCAAUUGUUUGUUAAUUAGUUAGUUGUUGAUUUAUUCACAGAACUCGUAUUAGUUUAACCGUUUUAGAUUAUUGUGUUGGUCUUUUGUUUUACCUAUUCCCGGACUUAUUCGUUUAUAUUGCGCAUUUUCCAUAUUCAAUAUUCAUAACUAAUCAUAAAUCAUGUUGUCAUCAAGUCUUAGAUCUUCAGUAAAACGUGUUCCAAGAGCUACGUCUACUAUUGCCAAAUGUAUCAGAACUUCAGCUGUGCUUUCUAGAUCAAUACAUUCCACUUCUACUAAUGCAUCAUUAUUCUCCUCCACCUCAUCAUUAACUUCAACCUCAUCUACAUCCAUGAUCUCUUUUAAGAGAAUGGCUUCUCAAUCUGUUAAAGUACCAGAUAUGGCUGAAUCUAUUACUGAAGGUACUUUAUCCGCUUGGGUUAAGAAUGUCGGUGAUUAUGUUAAUGUUGAUGAAACUAUUGCAACUAUUGAAACUGAUAAAAUUGAUGUUGAAGUCAAUUCUCCAGUUUCAGGUACUAUUACUGAACUUUUAGUAGAGGCUGAUACUACCGUUGAAGUUGGUCAAGAAAUUGCUAAAAUUGAAGAAGGUGCAGCUCCAGAAGGUUCUGCUGCUCCAGCCAAGGAAGAACCAAAGGCUGCUGAACCAAAAGCUGCUGAACCAAAAGCUGAAUCUACUCCUGCUCCAGCUGCUAAGGCUCCUACUCCAGCUGCCCCAGCUGCCCCAGCUGCUCCAAAGAAGGCUGAACCAGCUAAGGAAGCUCCAAAAUCUGAAUCUGCCACUUUCACCAACUUCUCUAGACAUGAAGAAAGAGUCAAAAUGAACAGAAUGAGAUUAAGAAUUGCCGAACGUCUUAAGGAAUCACAAAACACUGCUGCAUCAUUAACUACCUUCAAUGAAGUCGAUAUGACCAAUUUAAUGGAAAUGAGAAAGUUAUACAAGGAUGAAUUCUUAGAAAAGACCGGUAUAAAAUUAGGUUUCAUGGGUGCUUUUGCCAAGGCUUCUUGUUUAGCUGCUAAAGAUAUUCCAGCUGUAAAUGCCUCUAUUGAAAACAAUGAUACUUUGGUCUUUAGAGAUUACACUGAUAUUUCUAUUGCUGUUGCUACUCCAAAGGGUUUAGUCACUCCAGUCAUUAGAAAUGCUGAAUCCUUAUCCAUUUUAGGAGUUGAAAAGGAAAUUUCUGCAUUAGGUAAGAAAGCCAGAGAUGGUAAAUUAACCUUAGAAGAUAUGACUGGUGGUACUUUCACUAUUUCUAAUGGUGGAGUUUUCGGUUCUCUUUACGGUACUCCAAUCAUUAACUUACCACAAACUGCCGUUUUAGGUUUACAUGGUGUUAAGCAAAGACCUGUUACUGUUAAUGGUCAAAUCGUAUCUAGACCAAUGAUGUACUUAGCAUUAACUUAUGAUCACAGAGUCUUAGAUGGUAGAGAAGCCGUCACUUUCUUGAAAACCAUUAAAGAAUUAAUUGAAGAUCCAAGAAAGAUGUUAUUAUUGGAAUAGAUUAUUUCACCAAUAGAAUGAACAUAAAAUUUAGUUUAACUAACUAUUUUAAUAUAUCUUAUUAUCGUUUUAUACUAUUUUUCAUCAUAUAUAUCGC